GCUGAGCGUGCGUGUGUGCGUCAGUGUGUGUAGGUCAGUGCGAGCAAAAGCCCUGGUGAGACUCAAGUGUAGGCGCGUGGAUACAGUCAGCGCUGUGCUGAAAACAAACAGACAGAAAGUUAAUGGCUGCAAACCUCAGUCCCCGCGGUGGCCCCUUGGACCGGAAUGGCAAGCGUGCUUUCGGACACCCGGGGAUCAGGGAAGCCUCCGCGGGCGUGAGCUCACCUUGGCAUUCUGCCGGGGAGGGGAGACUCCUGGAAGCCACUGAGCGGAGUCGCAGGGAGGGAGCUGUGCCACCGCCGUUGCCUUGCUCCGAGCGGAGAGAGGACUGAGGGCCUGACAGUGGAGCUGGAGCCCGAGGCGCAACUGGUGUGAGGCGGGUGCUGUGUCGCGCUUGGGCCGUGCGCCCUGGGUGGCUUUGCAAGGCAGGGCGACGAAUGCGCAGGGCCCGGUCUUUGCAUGAAGCCGCUGGACCCCUCGGAGCAGUGGCAGCGGCAGCGGCAGCGGCAGCGGCAGCGGCAGCGGCAGCGGCGGUGGAGCGCAGUCGGAAGCGGGCAGCUCCGAGUCAGCGUCCCGGUGCCUAAGCGACUGCAGACUCUCCCAUGAGCCGCAGCUGAGGCUUCCCGAGAGGCGGUGGCGCCCGAGGCCGGGUGUGCAGGGACGGGGAAGGAGGGCAUCUCAGGGCUCUCAUGCUCCAGACCUCAGCCUUGGACCCUAGUGGUGUAAGAAUGGCUGAAGAAUGGCGGCUGAAGAAUGUCCCUACAGUCCUGCUGUGAACCACCACUUCAAGGCGGUGGUGCGCUGGUCCACGCGCAGGGCCAGCGUGGUGCUGGGCUAGGUGGAGAGACAGAUUGCCCCCUACUUCAUCAUUGACCUGCAGUCCAUGAACCAGUUCCUCCAAGACACUGGUGAGCCAUCCACAUCCCUGGUCUGUCCACUGUGACUCACCCAGUGGCUCGGUGGCUAGCUUUGCUUACUGAUUCCGUGAUAGGUGUUGAGGGCACAGGCUUCCAAGACCACCUUCAAGUAAAUGUCCUUGCAAAUAGUUUAAAUUGUCUUGAUUAUACAAACCCAGCUUCAGUCUAGCUGCAGGAGACCCCUUUAUGCCCCCAUCGCCACCCCCAGCCCCUACUGGCCCUUUGUUCAGGAAUUCUAGGACUUUGCAGUUCCCAGGAAAUGCGGACUCUUCAGCAAGAUAUUGCUGGAGCCCCUUGACUGCUCACACCUCAGCUGACUCUGCUUUGCCUUUGCCUCGAGCCCCUUCGGGGCUGCCAUACACCUCCCCUGCCCUUCAACCUGGCUGACUCUGGCCCUCUUCUAUGGACACUGUCUUCCCCACUGACAGCUCCUGGAUGUAAGACUUGGGAAGCCAUAGGGAUCCUCAGUCUCUAAUUACAGUCUAGUGUGUGAAAAGUGCUGGAAAAUUAAUGGGAAGAGAGAUUGGAGCCAGGGAUUCCAGAGCUGGAGCAUCUGGAUGUGGUGGAGAGAAGAAUGGGGAGGACUGGGCUCUGGCAUGCCUGGCAGAGAAGCUGCUCCCUUUGUCCACAGAGUACGGGACAGAGUGAACAUUCUGCAUCAUUCUCCAACAGCCUGCAGAGUGGAGAAUGUCUUUGCCAGCUAGGCCUCAGACAGGGGCUUGGCAUCUAGAAUAUUUAAAGAACUGCAGUAAUUAAACGUCAAAAUAACUAGUCAAUAAAUUGGACAAUGAAUGGAAGAUGUCGUUCACAAAUGUAGAACCACAUAUGGACACCAAGGAUUAAAAAGGCAUUCAGCAUUCUUAGUUACCAGCUGAAUGAAAAUUGAAGCUACGUUUUGGAUUCCAUUUUCCCCUAGUGACAAUUAAAGAUAAAGAAAAGAGACAGCAGUGCUGUUGAGGAUGUGAGGAAUUCUCAGUUCCUGUUGGAGGAUAAGGUAACUAUCAAGAUGCUCCAUUUAAGAAGUUCACAGAUGCUGCAGAUGUUGGAGAGCUCCUUAAGGAAAUACCUUCCUGAGUCCUUAAAGGUUUAUGGGACUGUCUUCCACAUGAACCAGGGAAACCCAUUCAAGCUCAAGGCUCUGGUAGACAAGUGGCCUGAUUUUAAUACAGUGGUUGUCCGUCCUCAGGAGCAGGAGAUGACAGAUGACCUUGAUCACCACACCAACACUUACCAGAUAUAUUCUAAAGAUCCUAAGCACUGUUUGGAAUUCCUUGGCACACCAGAUGUCAUCAACUGGAAACAGCAUCUGCAGAUCCAAAGUUCACAAUCCAACCUAAAUGAAGCAAUAAUGGACCUUGCGGAGGGUAAGAUGGUCAAGGUCAAGAGAACACAGUGCAUUCUCUACAUGAUGCCUGAGACAGCAAAGAAACUGGUUCCUUUCCUGUUGGAGGAUACAGAGUACUUAGAUCAUAAAUCUGGCAGACCCCGGGCUAUUGACCAAGAAAUGUUUAAACUCUCAACACUGGAUGUUACCCAUGCUCCCUUGGUGGAUAAAUUCUGGCAGUUUGGUGGCAAUGAGAGGAGCCAGAGGUUCAUUGGGCGCUGUAUCCAGAUCUUUCCCAGCUCAUGUCUUCUGGGACCUGAAGGGACUCCUGUGUCCUGGGCUCUGAUGGAUCAAACUGGAGAAAUCCGAAUGGCGGGCACAGUGCCUGAUUACCGGGCACAAGGCCUUAUCUCCCACAUCAUUUAUGCUCAGACUCUGGCUAUGGAUAAACGUGGCUAUCCUGUAUAUAAUCAUACAGAACAAGCCAACAAAGUCAUACAGAAAAUGAGUCACACUCUACACCAUGUCCCCAUGCCCUGUGAUUGGAAUCAGUGGAAUUGUGCACCUCUAUGAUUCUUGUGCUCAACACAAGGCUGUGUUGGGUUGGCCAUAAUAAAUCUGGAGGAGUGGUCAUAGAAAAAAAAACACAGAUUGUAAUGAGCAAUAAAGGAGUGGGUAUUGCUUGGGCUCUGGGGAAGCAGUGUGAAUGGCCAACACUAUACCAUGAUCCUUACCCUCAUAUUGCCUUUCAUAUCCAGCAGACCUGUAAUGGCCAGACCUCUCUGCUGAGCCAUCAUCUCUGUUUAGUUUUCUACAUUCUGGAUAUCAGUGACACAUGUACUAAGUGGCACAUUACGAUCCUCACAUGGAUUAUUGCCCAUGAUCAGUUUUGUAGGGAUGUGGUGCUGAUGGGAGACUACUGUAUGCUUUUCUCCAGCAUUCCUUUGUUUAGGAGUUAGGAUACUUCUCAUCAGCAGGUACUCUGAAAUGAUCCCUUCACUGAAGUCCUUUGAUCUCUGUUUAAUUGCCAUGCCAAAUAAUGCAUGAAUAAAUAUAUGAUAGUAAUUUGAUGAUAC